AUGUCGAUGGUUGUGAUCCGCCGCCUGCAUCGGACAAGGAAUCCCGGCCCCGACGCCACAAUAACCAUCUUUGCCCUAACAAGAGUCCCCCACCCAGCUACGCUCCGAUUUUGUGUGCAGGUUGCCUCGGUGAAUAUCGUCGCGUUGGUGGACAACGGUUUGUCGCAUAAUUUCAUAAAUCGAGAGGUAGCGAAAACCUUGGCUCUCGCCGCCACUCCUAUUCCACCGUUCCAUGUGAAGGUCGCCAAUGGUGAAACUCUCACAAGCGAGCACUGCUAUGAGUCAGUCACCAUCACCCUCCAGGGCGAGGCUCUUGAAGUCGACCUCUACGAGCUGCCGAUCCAAGGUUUGGAUGUUGUCCUCGGAAUUUAG